AUGGCAGAGAAGCGGAGAGCCUCGCCUUCCACCGUGCUGAGCCUCAAGGCUCACGCGUUCUCGGUGGAGGCGUUGAUCGGAGCCGAGAAACAGCAGCAGCAGCAGCAGCAGCAGCGGCAAUCGCAGCAACAGCCGCCGCCGCAGAAGCGACGAAAGCUGGCUGGAGCCAACGGGGAAGAGACGCCGUCCGAAGGUGGCGGCAGCGGCGGCGGCCGCCACGGGAGCAGCUGCGACGCGGACUCCAGAGAAGGCGCCGGGCAGAGCGCCGCUUCGCCCUCCGGCGUUGAGACCUGCUCGGCCGCGCCUGAAGCAGCGAAGAACUGUGGCGGCCGGGAGGUAGCUCCCGGUGGGUCUGAAGAGAGUUUCUUAAACGGCGCGUCGCCUCCUCUGACUCCUGCAGGCUCCGCCAAGGCGGCCUCGCCUUUACUUUCCCCACAAGCGCCUCGGGUGGACCUGCAGGGCGCGGAGCUCUGGAAACGUUUCCACGAGAUCGGCACCGAGAUGAUUAUUACCAAGGCGGGAAGACGAAUGUUUCCUGCAAUGAGAGUGAAAAUUUCAGGCCUAGAUCCUCAUCAGCAGUAUUACAUUGCUAUGGAUAUUGUCCCUGUAGACAACAAAAGAUACAGGUAUGUUUAUCAUAGUUCCAAAUGGAUGGUAGCUGGCAAUGCUGACUCACCUGUGCCUGCCCGUGUGUACAUUCAUCCGGAUUCACCUGCCUCAGGAGAGACUUGGAUGCGGCAAGUGAUUAGCUUUGACAAACUGAAGCUUACAAACAAUGAACUGGAUGAUCAGGGUCAUAUAAUUCUUCAUUCUAUGCACAAAUACCAGCCACGGGUCCAUGUCAUUCGAAAAGACUGUGGGGAUGAUCUCUCCCCAGUCAAACCCAUUCCUUCUGGUGAUGGCGUGAAGGCAUUCACUUUUCCUGAAACUGUUUUCACUACUGUCACAGCAUACCAGAAUCAGCAGAUCACCAGACUCAAGAUUGAUAGAAAUCCUUUUGCAAAAGGAUUUAGAGAUUCAGGGCGCAACAGGUAA